CCUGGCACAUCCGCACGAGGCAUUCCGGCUGGACAAACGGUUGAUCCGGCUGUGCUCUGGCAACAGCGCGGUACCUCGCCAUCGAUCAGCGCUGCUCUCGAGCAUUUUGACUCUUCUUCUAUCGCUACAUCCAUCAUCAUCACCGAUCCACAUCCCUCGCAUACCCAGCCAUCCUCUCUGAUGUCGCAGCAAGCUUCAAUCUCCUCAUCGAACGGCGCAGCAAAGGACGCCAGCGCCGCGGCUAUGAGUCCAAGGACUGGCGACGAGCCCUCAAGCUCUCAAUCGCCCCCACUCGCGCCAACCUCCGCCAAGACGGAGGGCAGCGGCUCUCCCCCACCCGGACAGCGCAGGAAGCGUACAAGGCCCGUGAGCGCCUGUGAAGCCUGCCGAGCUCACAAGGUCAAGUGUAUCCUCAAGCCCGAUCAGCCCAUCUGCGAGCGUUGCGCUUCGGCGGGCAAGGAAUGCCUCUUCCGCAUCGAUGAUCUGCGCCCGGACUUUAGGGCUGAGCGAUUUGGUCAUUUGGGGCCUCCGGGGGCUGAUGCGAGAGAGAUUAAGAGCAAGCCCAAGGCGCACAGGAAGGAGUCGACGAGUGGAGGAGCGGCCCACCGCCGCAGUUUGACUGGGCACUCGCGAGAGGAGCCAGAGGAGGGCGAGGAAAGCGCAAAGAAGAGGUCGAGGAAGGAUUCGGUCAAGACCGCUGCGCCGGCGCCCACCGCAGUUGAGCAUGGUGCACCCAUCGUCGUCGAUCCUGUGAUGCGCGCGCCUCCUUCCCACAUGGUAGCACAAGCUUCAAGCAGUUCCUCGCCGCCGCCGCCGCCGCAUCCUAUGAUGCCGCCUCAUCAUGCUGCGCCAUACCCACCUGGUUACGGAUUCGGGGCUCAUCGUACAAACUUCGCCACUCCUACACCAGCUUUGCCUCAUCCGCCCCCACCCCAUCCCGCCCAAGUCGGCUACCCGACGGCCACUCCCAACAUGUACCAUCCACCGCCCGCAGGAUACGGUCAUGGCUAUGACGGCUACAGUCAAGGCUCAGCCAGACCUCCUCCUCCGCCUGUGCCGACCUACUACUCCACGCAGCCGCCUGUCAUGUAUGGCUCCCCACACUCGGCCGCCUUGCCAUACCCAACCCCUCCGCCGGGCCGACCGUCACCCUACUCGCCUCGAGAGAGCGAUCGCGACAGGGAGCGGCUACAUCGACCACGCGCCCCUUCGGCAGCCGGCUCACCAUCAGCCUUGCCACCAAUCCGUACCGCCUUUCCUGGCUUAGGCAGCGAGUCGUCAUCGAGCGGCGAGAGGCGUUCGAGGUAUCCAAGCGAAUGGGAUCGACCACUGACGGGGGCCUCAGACACUCGGUCAGAACGGCCCUUCUCUCCGCUCACAAAGACGAGGCUGCCGCACUCGCCAGGCAGUGUGCAUCGCGAGCUACCGAGCGCCCCUUCACAUCAGGAGCGCAGAGACGGUGCAUCACAGCAAGGCCAUUCUCACUCGACCUCGCAGCAUCAGCAUCAACAGCAGCAGCAACGAGUAACCUUCCACUCGCCUCCUGCCGACGAUCACCCAUCCGCUGGCGAGGCUCACACAGCUGGUUCUCAAGGCAGUCGCAGCUCGGCGGCAAAAAAGCCCUCUCUCGUUGUUCCCUUCUUCCGCUGGUUCGGUCUCACGGCCAACACGCCUGGCUACCGUAGGAUCAAGGUCGCCGUCAACCCAGAUGUGCCUCAAGAUGAGGACGACAAGCCACCCUCUGGCACCGAGCAAGAAGAUGGCGAAGGAGGCGAUGGUGCAACACAGGCGUCUGGAGCUCCCGCUGAGCGAGCCAGCGACGACGACGCCACGGGCAAGACAGCCCUACCGAAUGGCAGCCCUACUCAGCCACCUGCAGACCACCCCUCGUCGACCUCUGUUACCCCCUUGACGCCUAGGCUGCACGGGUCUCGUCACCUUUUCGGCGGAAUGGAGCAAGACUCCGUCGCCUCGUCAACAUCUCGCGACCUGUUCGACCCCUCGCGACCACGCUAUCCACGCAAGGACAUUCUCCUCCAUCUGUCGGAGCUUUUCGUCAAGUACUUCCGCACUCAUCUCUGCCCCUGGAUUAUCGAAGAAGAGCUGCUCAAGAGCGUUCAAGACGGCACAAUGCCCUCAAUCCUCGCCAACUCCAUCUGCGCGAUGACUGCCCGCUUCUCCGACUGGGCUGAGCUCAAGCGCAAGCCUCCCAAAAGCGUAGGCGAGUGCUUCAGCGAGAUGGCAAAGACACUCAUUGUGCCCAUGCUCUCCUGGCCGAGCCUCGACGUUAUUGAAGCAUUGAUCAUCCUGAGCUAUGCGGAAUUCGGGGCCGGAUCUGAUUCAGGGUUGUGGAUGUACUCGGGGAUGGGCAUGCGAAUGGCCAUGGACCUGGGAAUCGAGCACGAAUCGACAAUUCAGAGUCUGCCGACCAAAGCACAACAGGAGAAGGCCCGCUGGCUGUUCUGGUCGGGAUGCUACGCCAUCGAUCGCAUCACCUGUUUCGGCACAGGUCGGCCCGUCACUCUUCUCGACCACGCCAUCGACUGUCGCCCUCCUGUCGUUGAGGCUACGGCGGACACCUUCUUCGCGAGCCAGAUCAUCCAAGUUCUCCUCCGUCGUGGCAGGAUGGGUGAGCUCCUCAAUCGUCGCGACGACGGAAUGCGCCUCAGCGAGAAGAAGGUCCGCCUCACCGAGCUCUGGCAGGAGUGCGCCGCCUACUUCCAGUCCCUGCCCUCCAGCUGCGCAUUUGGCGUGCAGAGCUUCAAGCGUGCAGCAAGCAACAAUCAAGGGUCGGCCUUCCUUUAUUUGCACGUCCUGUUCCAGUCUACGAUCAGUCUACUGGAGCGACCCGGCAUGAUGAGGGCGAGGGACACCGACUUCUCGGCCCCGCCACAGAGCAGUUCGACGGUCAUGAGCGCUGCGGGCCACAUCUCGGCUUCAGCGUCACGCUCCAUCGUGGAUAUGGUAGCCCUUGCUGCUCAUGUGGAUCCGAAGAGCUUCCAUUCGUCGCCGUACCUUGAUCAACUCAUCCUGCCUACUGGCCGCCUGUUCGUUGCAGAGAGGGAAAGCAUCAACGAGGCGAUGAAGCAGUGUGGAUACAUGCCCGGCCAAUCACGCCAGUCCAGCCCUUCAAGGCAAUUGCACACCAGCAAUAGCGAGAGCACGGCCGGCGGUGGUAGCACGACAACUGCAACGGGAACGACGGCUGCCACAACGGCGGUCACUGAUGCUUCCUCGUCAGGGCAGAGUGAUCGCAUCACCAACUUGAUGCGGCACCGCAAGGUGAUUACGGACAACCUGACGAAAUGCACCGUCUGGCUGCGCACUUUGAGCCACUACUGGGCAGGCGCUUCCUGGCCUGCGAGGGCUCUCGAGCAGGAAGCGGCGGGCGCGUCGGGCAGCGAUGUGAUACCGGACGCGGAUGAUGAGGAUGCAAUGCAGGCACCACUGAGAGACAUGGAGCUCCUCAGUGCAUGGGCGAAGGAUAAGCUUAAGCAAGCCAAAGUCAGGAUGGCCUCUAGGAGAGGGAGCGCGGCUACUCUUGCGGGAGCGGCGGGCGGUACUGCGGGCGGUGCUGCUGCUGGAGAGACGUCGUUGACUGCUGUGACGAGUGGCCUGCGGAACUCAAUGGGCAGCCCUGGCGCGGCGACAAGUAUUGCGAGCUUGCUUGCGGCCGCCAAUGCCGCUCAGCAACAGCAGCAGCAUCCGCAAGCAGCGCAUCAUCAACAGCACGAGGGUAUUCUGGACUCAGCCUCAGCCUCUGCCUCCGGCUCAAGCGGUGACAAUCCUCUAGGUCUCGCUCUCUCCGGCCAGCUUUCCACCUCUGUCGAGAUUGACAUCCGCGCUCUGGUCGAUAUGUGGGCUGCGGAGCAAGAGCGCGUGCAGUCCUCCUCUGGACCUGGUGCGAAUGGCAAUGGCAUGGGAGGCGGAGGAGGUCACGGCACCGCGUCGAAUGGCGCAAGCACACCGUACGGUAAGAUGUGGACUGCUGCUACACCUGGGCCAUUCGAUGGUUACCAGCAGCAGCAGCACGGCCAGCACGGAGCGCACCAGCAGCACUACGCCGCAACUCCCGGCCACCAUCAGUCGUCCUACGGCCAGCAUCCCUCCCAUCCCUCUAUCUCAUCAUCAUCAGCGCACGCGCCUCCGCAUCCUCAAUCUCACCAAGCUCAACAACACCAUGCUCAGCAGGCUGGCCUCAACCCUUCGUCAGGCCAUACCGGUCCACCACCCACGAUGGACUUCUCCGCCCUCCAGCUCGAGGAGCUCCUCUCUGCCGACCUGUCCACCACUACCAUGGGCGGUACGGACGAAAGUGUCUUCCCGCUUCUGCCACUUGAUCUCUCAAGCUUGGAUGACUUUGUCGGUGGGCUCGGCGCUGGUGGAACAGCGAGCGGGCAAACGCCGAGCAAUGCAGCGAGUGGCGGAGACGCGGCUGCGGGGCACGGGCAACAUCCAAAUCAGCAGGCUCACCAGGGAGGGGCGGGCUUUGGCGCUCCUGGGCAUGGGUACAUGCCUGUUGACACCAACGGUAGCAACGGCGGCAACGGCUUCCUGCCUCAUGGCAUCAGUUCGGCCCUCUUUGGCUUCCACUGAAGAGCGAACGCAGACGAGUAGCGCGUCGAGGUUCAUAAUGUUGAAAGUGCUGUAUCAUAUCGUGCUUGCUUAGCUGCUUGCCCACUUGUCUGCUUGCUUGGCGUCUUUCGAUCA